AUGACUUCCAAUAUUUGGGUCUAUGUCAAUGAUGCGAAUCAAGGAAUCGAGAUCCCCACCACUAUCAUCAACAUCAGUGGUUUGCGUACAUGGAUCAAGGACAACAUACAAGAAGCUCAGCAACUGGCCUUGAACUCCUUUUCAUUGCGAAGAACUACGAUCAACAACGAACCUCAGGCCAUACCAUCGAACCAAACACUUUUGGCUGCGUUACCAAGGAACGACGAUCACUCGCUGUGGAUACAGGUUGUUCCACCAGCUCCCGGUGCUGCAGGAGGAGGUGAUGACAAUGAUCUUGCGAAGAUGGUACAACUUCUCCAGGACAUCAAGCUUCAGAAUCAAGAGCAGAUGCAGAUUUUGAUCAACUCAGCCUUCAUCAGAUCGCCAAUCUCAGAUGGCAACUCUUCAAACUUCAAACGAUUGGCAUCCAAUGUACAGAUCAAAAUUGACAAGGACCCUCAUCAUUUGGAACCACUUUGGUAUAUGGAAGGCAACGGCUACAAGUUUAUCUGGCAGAAACCAGAGGCAGCCAACAUGGAGAAAUGCUAUGAGUGGAUAUCACACGCAAUUGAGCUCCAUAGGUUCUAUCUUCAUGAUGUCCACACCAAGAACGAUCUGCUUACAUUUUAUUCGGAGGGAACUGCAUUCCCUGGAGGUACAGACUUCAUCAUCUCUGACACUUCAUCCAUGGAUGACUCCAGUCGCAUCUUCAUUGUAAUUGAGCUCAAGGAUCAUUGUCCAACACCAAACGAGAGAAGGCAAACAAUGCUGGAGUUGAUUGGAGCAUCAAAGAAGUCACAACUCCCUUUCCCCACAUUCGCUUUUGCGACAGACUUGUACAAACACUGGAUUCUCUAUUGGUUCUCCAAUCCUACAACCAUAUCAUUCAUCGAAGCUGAGAAUCGCUCGACUGGUAUCUCAAUUCUUCAAUACCUCAUCGACACAUUCAAUGACAAGAUCAUUCGACCGAAACCAACUGGACAUGAUGGCGACGACAAGGGUGUAGAUGACGACGAUGGCAAUGAUGGCGAUGGCAAUGAUGACGACGAUGGAAACGAUGACCGCAACAAUGAUUGGACACAAAGAAACCACCUCUCAAAAGAGGUUCUUGGCACCUACGAAGUCACCUUCUCCAAAGCGUGCAACCCGUUGAGUCACCAACAUCAUGUGCACCAGCAAGUAUCAGAGAAGAUGAUCCUUCAGACACGAACAAGUGAUGUCGCCGAGGUCUUGGACCAAGACCAACUGUUGUCCAACAUCAUUAUCUCGCUCAGGAAUAUAAUGUCUCCAAGCGAGUUCCGUUCCAUAUCUUACCACACAUGCACUGAGGAGUCAACAACAAAGUUGAAUGAGCAAACUCUCUUCAAUAUGGACACCUUUAUGGAGUCAUAG